CAUUCGGGGCUCCGGGCGCUGCAGCAGCUGCAAGGCAGACGAUGGCACCUUGGCUGAAGUUCUGCUCCUUUUUCUUCUCCCUCACUGCCUGCUUCGACGGCCCGAAGCUGGCCGUGUCCGCAGGAGGGACCAGCGGCAGCGGAGGCAGGAAGGGGCCAGCGGGAGAUGCUUGUGGCUGGAAGGCUUUAUCGCCCAUUGGAAAGAAUCCUGGGUUACUUAAUAUCACCUUUAAGUAUGACAACUGUACUCCUUAUUUGAGCUCACUGGGAAAGCAUGUAAUUGGUGAUGUACAGAACAUCACUAUUAGCCAGUAUGCAUGCUCUGAUCAAGUUGCUGUGACAAUACUGUGGACAGCAAAUCCCAUUGGUAUUGAAUUUCUGAAGGGAUUUCGAGUAGUCCUUGAAGAGUUAAAAUCGGAGGGAAGACAAUGUCAACAGUUGGUCUUAAAAGACCCAAAGCAGCUGAAUUCAAGUUAUAAAUGGACUGGAGUGGAGUCUCAGUCUUUUCUCAAUCUGAAAUUUGAAACUGACUACUUUGUGAAGGUUGUCCCUUUCCCAUCCAUUAAGAACGAAAGCAACUACCACCCCUUUUUCUUCAGAACUCGGCCUUGUGAAUUGCUACUGCAGCCAGAAAACUUAGCCUGCAAACCUUUCUGGAAGCCAAGGAAUCUGAACGUUACCCAGCAAGGCUUUAAUAUGCAUGUGUCAUUUGACCAUGCACCGCAUAAUUUUGGAUUCAGAUAUUAUUAUCUGCACUACAAACUUAAAAACGAAGGACACUUCAAACAGAAGACUUGCAAACAGGAAAAAAAUACAGAUGUCACAAGCUGUAUUCUUCAGAAUGUUUCACCAGGAGAUUAUAUAAUAGAGCUGGUUGACGACACCAAUACAACAAGGAAAACAAUGCAUUAUGCAUUAAAACCAGUGCACUCCCCCUGGGCCGGGCCGAUAAGAGCAAUAGCCAUUACAGUUCCAUUGGUUGUCGUCUCUGCAUUUGCAACACUUUUCACAGUGAUGUGCCGCAAAAAGCAGCAAGAAAAUAUCUAUUCCCAUUUAGAUGAGGAGAGUUCAGAAUCUUCAAACUACUCUGCUGCCCUCCAUGUGGAAAGGCAACGACCUCGUCCCAAAGUGUUCAUCUGCUAUUCCAAUAAAGAUUGUCAGAAGCACAUUAAUGUCAUCCAGUGCUUUGCCUAUUUCCUUCAGGACUUCUGUGGUUGUGAGGUUUCUUUAGACUUAUGGGAAGAUCUGAGGAUUUGUAAAGAAGGGCAAAAAGAGUGGCUUCAUCGAAAAAUCAACGAGUCCCAGUAUAUUAUCAUUGUGUGUUCCAAAGGAAUGAAAUACUUUGUGGAGAAAAAGAACGUGAAGCAUAAGGGGCCCAAGGAGAAGGAUGCUGCGAAGGGAGAACUGUUUCUGGUCGCUGUAGCUAUAAUAGCAGAGAAGCUGCGCCAUGCAAAACAGAACUCGCGUGACCUCUGCAAGUUCAUUGCUGUCUACUUUGAUUACUCCUGUGAGGGUGAUGUUCCUGGUAUUCUGGAUUUAACUACAAAGUACAAACUCAUGGAUAACCUGCCUCAGCUUUACUCCCAUUUACAGUCCAGAGAUCUUAGCCUUCAUGAUUCAGAAUUGUAUCCUGUACACAUCAGCAAAAGAAAUUAUUUCAGGAGCAAAUCUGGGCGGUCUCUUUAUGUGGCCAUUUGCAACAUGCACCAGUAUAUUGACCAGGAGCCGGACUGGUUUGAAAAGCAGUUUGUUCCCUUCCGCCCACCUCCUUUACAUUUCCAAGAGCCAGUGAUGGAAAAAUUCGACUCUGGAUUGGUGCUAAAUGACUUAGUCGGUAAACAAGUGGCUGAUGGGGAUUUCUUCCUGAAAGCAGAUGCAAAUAUUGUUCUACCUUUGAAUUCAGACUCUCAUUGCGUGAUGCAACAUUUUAAUCUUGGCGAGGACAGAGACUCUCAGGACAUUCAAAAUAGCAGCUGCAUUCUUCAGCCAUUGCUACAUGUCGUAAAGGCUGCCAAUCUCCCAGAUAUGCCCCGGGACUCUGGGAUUUAUGAUUCUUCUGUUCCUUCAUCUGAAUUAUCACUCCCUUUAAUGGAAGGACUCAUAGCAGACCAAAUUGAAACCUGUUCCAUUGCAGAGAGCGUCUCCUCUUCAUCAGGACUGGGAGAAGAAGAACCUCCAUUGCUUGCUGCCACCAAAUCCUUAGUGCCGGGAAUAUGUAAAGCAGAACUUCACUGCCAUAUCCACACAGAAGAACUUCACCCGAUAGCACCUUUAUAAUACACUGCAAGAUUGUUACGCAUUGCCACUUUAUCAUCGACAGCCUCUGUGUAUGCAUUAAUCUCUGCGUUAUCACAGCCACUUGACUUACUUGAAGGAAAAGACACUUUCCUGGCAGAUUAUCUCUUGCUCCCCAGGAGAGUUUAUGGCCAGUAUAUUUUUAUACAUAGUUCUUUUUUUUAAAUAAAAUAAAAUAAAAUAUUUUCUGCUUUGAUACUGUAACAGCUAACAUUUUUUUAUUAAAAAAGUUCUUCCUAGAACCAGACUCAUGAUCAAGUUAGAUAUACAAAAAAAUAUGUCUACUUUCUGAAAUAUCUAUUUUGAAGUACAAAAUGAGUUGCCAGUAAUGUCUGGCACUCUGAUAAUUCAGUGCAUUAUGUUAUAUAUGCUCCUGGCUCUUAAAUACUAAAGUACUUUCUACAAGUGUGCAGCAGGAAUUGGGGGAUGGAAGGGCAGAAUUCAGUGUUAAAAUGCCAAAGACUAGUUCUAUAAAGGAUAGACUUUAUUUAAAAAAAGAAAUCUCUCAUUUUUCCCCCCGUUCAUGUUUAUCUGCCCCAUUGUAUUUUGGUAGAAAAUUAAAACCUGUCACAUUUUUUUGUGUCUUAUGUUAACUUGUGGACAUAUUUAUAUUAAUCUUUAUUUUGCCAUUUCAGUUUGAGAAUAGUUUACAUUUAAACUCAAUUAUGUUUACUAGUUCUCUUCAGACUUUCAUUUUAGGAUUAAUUAUUUGUUGUUUAGGAAAAAUUGAAUCUCUGCAAAUGUUCUUAGUUGAACCUGUAAACACUAAAAUGCUAUGUAUAGUCCAGUAAAACCAUUAGGCUUUGAGGAAGGGGAACUAUAAGCAAUUGUUAUAAAGCUGAACCUUUGCUUUAUACGACCACAAAGUGUCCUUAACAUCAUACUAAAAAGCCCAGAAAAUCUUAAUGAAGUUAUGACCUCCAUUUUACACUGGUGCCAUGGAUUUGUUACAUAUAUAAUUGUUCAUGCAUAUAUACAUUAUUUCCCCCAUUUGUUUGUUAUUUUUAAAAGACGCAAAUGUAUUAAGCAUAUACAUGUUUUUAGACAAGUUGUAUUUGCAGCAGCAGCACAACAACAAAAAAUACAAGUGCAUAACAGUCAAAUGUAUGGAAAAAAUCUGGAUGUGCAAAUUUAAUAUUCAGAGUCUUUGGAAUCAUUAAGCAAAGUCCAUUGAGAGACAGCUUUUGCAAAUUGUAUUAAAUGUAUUGAUCACAAUUGCCCUAAAACUGUUUUAGUCUAAGAUGGGUUAGUGUUUAAUUGCAAUAACUACGCCAAAUUUAGUAAGCAACUCUGUUGAUGUUAUUCUGAAAUGACAACUUUAUUGAAUGGUUUAAACAUGAGAGGAUAUUUUGCUGAAGAAUCACUGCCGUAAAUAAUGGUAUUUCUGCCCAAGGUAACUAUGCUAAAAAAAAAACACCUUUGCACUGCCUGCCAUGGUUGAUAUUCUCUUGCCUGCUCUUUUCUAUUUGU